ACGGCGACGGGCCCUUCCGCCUGUUCCCGAAGGACGAGGUCAAGUCCUUCCCCCUCACCAACGGGUCCCUGUUCUCGUCGCUCCUCAACAUGAGUGUCGACAACCCCGCCCAGAUCCUGCCGUCCUACAGGAGAGGGGGCGGAGCUGGCAUGAAGAUGGGCGUGUCCUCGCAGGAAAUCCGGGGUCUGGUGGCCGCCGGACCCCCGCCGCGGGUGAGGGACCCCUACGGACCCCCCUUCUACCCCAGGGAAGCCACGGAGUCCCUGGGGUCCGCCGCCACCAGCAGCCAGGACCCCAUCUAUUCGGACCCCCUCACCAAGGUGGGCAGCGUGGGCAGCUCCCUGAAGGAGGACCACAUCUACGCCACGCUCUCCGAGACCUCGCUCCAUGUCGUCGCUGAGAGCGAGGCUUCCUGGGCGACGACCAGCGCUGCUCGUCCGUCACCACGGUCGCCAACGACGACUUCGAGUUCCACGACCCGCGCGCCGCCACGCCGCCCGCGCCCGCCCACUCCUCCGCGCCCGCGACCCGCGGCCUCGCCAGCGCCUGCAACCUGGCGCUGGCGGGCCGCCCCCCCGCGCAGCUCCCGCCCGGAGGCCCUGCGCGACGAGGCCGACGACGCCUACGGCCUCUCCUCCGCAGCGCCUCGUCCGCCCUCGCUGGCGGCGUCGUCGUCCUUCCGCUCCGCCAGCUCGCAGUCACGGCCACCGUCGAGAGCAGCGACCGCGGCGAGCGCCUCGACCUCGCCAAGGCGGACGAUCGCCGCCAGAGCGACGACGACGACGACGACGACGAGGACGAGGACGAGCGGCGCGACCGCGACGACGUGGGCUUCUACAACACGGGCUACGAGUGCGACACGCUCGAGAAGAAGCGCAAGGCGCGGUUCGCGGAGCGCGGCGCCCUGGAGCCGCUGGGGCUGCGGGCGGCGGCGGCGGCGGGCGACGGGCGCGACGACGGCACGCUGUCGCGCAAGCACCGGUCGUCGUCGCUGUCCAUGAACGACCUGGACCGCCUGGACGACAAGGAGGAGGAGAUGAUGUUCAUCCUGCCCGUCAAGAGCGAGUCCAUGCUGAGCCUGUACCGCCUGUACCUGGCGGAGGACGAGGCGGAGGGCGCCAGCCUGCACUACUCCGUCGAGAUCUCGCG